AUGCGCUUUACCUCCUUCACCAGUUUUGCGGCAGUCGCACUGCUUGCUACCUUCAGUGCCGCUGCUCCCGUAGCUCCCGCUGAUGGCGACAUCACGAACUCUCCUGGCUCGGAUGUCUUGGUCAAGCGUCCCUUCAGCAAGCACCGCUACGAAGGUGACAAUCAGGAGGCGGAUGAUGAUCUCUCCAAGCGUUUCAACGACAAGUACCACUACGAAGGUGACAAACAGGAGGUGGAUGAUGAUCUCUCCAAGCGUUUCAAUGACAAGUACCACUACGAAGGUGACAAACAGGAGGCGGAUGAUGAUCUCUCCAAGCGUUUCAACGACAAGUACCACUACGAAGGUGACAAACAGGAGGCGGAUGAUGAUCUCUCCAAGCGAGCGUCUUUCCCUCGUUUUCCCCUACGAUAG